AUGUGGUGGGUGCAGGAGGAGUUCGGCCGUCACAAGAAGCAGGUCGAUGCCAAGGAGAAGCUGAAGAUCUCCCACGGCCAUGGUGAUCCGGAGCAUUUGGAGUCUGCCUUGCGGGAGGCCGAGGGAUGUGGCAUAGAGGACGAGCACCUCUUACAGGCGCAGUCCCGCUUGCGCGAGCUGCGCACGGCGGAGCGACAGCUUCACAGCGCUAUCGAGGCCGGCGACAGGGUGCACCUCACUUCGGCGCUUGAAGAGGCGAGCCGAAACGGGCUGAAGACGUCCAAGGUCGACGAGGCGCAGCGGAAGCUUCAAAGCUCCAAAACUGGCGCCCUCGUUUCGGCCAUCCGCUCACGUGACUACGACUCCCUCAAGCGUGCGAUCUCCGAAGCUGAAGCUCGGCGUCCGGAGGAGGUCCGGGAGAUCGCCGAUGUGCUAUCACAGGCCAAGGAUGUCCAUCGAACGCUGGAUGCUGUGGCCAAACGAGUGUCAGCGGCGCUCAGAACGCUGAACUACGAGGACCUGCAGAGCAGUGUAGAGGAAGCCAGCCAGUACCACAUCGUCACAGACGAUGUGAAGAAGGCUGAAGGUGUGCUGUCGACGAUGAGUGGAGCCCUUGAGAAGCUGACGACGGCGAGCUCCACGGGCAAUCUGUCGAAUCUCCAGGAAAGCCUGCAUGAAGUUCGCCAACUCGGCCUUCAGGGGCAUCCGCUCUACCAGAGCUGUGAGGAGCUUUUCUCCCGGACGUGUAUGCCAAGCGACUUGGAGUGGGCUCUGGACGAGCAGCGGGCGAUGUGGAUCGCCUUGUGCCUGCGGCGGCCGCUGGGCAAGGACGGCACGCCUCUGCACCCCUUUGCCGUCUGUGCUGCAGAGCUCUGCCACAAUGCUCAGAUCUCUCCUGAAGCCGAGCCCUACUCAGUGCAGUACAUCAACUACGUGCUGCUGCACUGUUUUCUGGAUACCCAAGAUCUGGACACCACGCUGCGGACCUCCUUGGAGGAUCUCACUGCCGACAAGAGAGGGAAUCCGGAGGUUCCCAUCGAUGCCAAGCAGUUCAACCAAAUCGGGUGCCUUGCGAAGCAGGUUCAGCUGCAAAGCACCGCACCUCUGCUUUGGUGGCUGGUUUGCAUCAUUGAGUGGCAGACGGGCCAUCGGAUCUUCCUAUCCUUCAUGAGCGAGCUGCUGCGACGUACAGCGGACCUCCUCAACGAGGCAGAGUCCACGAGCAGGGCGCUGAAAACGCACAUCACGGCUCUGCAGGCACAGAUGCGCCUGCAGGACGAGGAGGUCCCCGGCGCCCCGGAGGUGGCACCGGAGAUGCGCUCCGGAGCUGCGCCAGGAGCACCGGUGCCGCAGGCUGUGGGAUCCGUGGCCGUUAUCACCUCAGCGGCCGCAGCCGAUGCCCGCGUUGCGGCCGUGCGGGCGGUGCUGGAAGAGAUCGGCCAGGUCAAGAAGGAAGCAGAGAAACUUCAAGCCAACCUCUUGAAGACGAAAGUAGCUUCUCCCGAUACCAUUGAAGCCGAUGCCCAAGGCAUGCCCGACUUCAAUCGGAUCCUUGAGCUGCUGCAGCAAGCCGGACCCCGAAAUCUCGAGGAGGCUCGCUUGGCGGUGCAAAAGAAGCAGCGCGAGGCUUCGGGCACCGCGCGGGAGAUCUACGGAGACACCUAUGGAGUUCUGGAGAAACGGCUGCUGCAGCUCCAGCUUAGGGGUCGGCAGGCAGUGGAUGGCGAAGUUCAGAAUGCCCUCACCGAGAAGGAAGGGGCACCAUCUCCGUCGGUCUCAAGCUCUCAGGCUGUGCCGGAGAUUGCGGAUGCGCAGCUGCCUUUAGCCACGCUGUCUGCGACUUUAGAGUCCGCCGGAUCCGUGCAGGACCACGCCUUUCUUCAGCUGCUUGGCGUGCCGGAGCCUUCUUCCCAGACUCAGACUGUCGACCGAUGCUUCCAAAAGGUGGAAGUCUACGACCGCUUCAGUGAGAAGACGGGCACGGUGGAGGACGAGUUUGAGAAGCUCUGCCGAAGCGCGGUGGCCGAUGCGCGCGAGCGCUGCGGCGGCCGGCGGCUCAUCGCUGCGCUGAAGCCCUUGCUGGUGGACUUGGUGAAGAGGCGGCAAGGGAUAUCCUCCAUGCUCAACACGCUCCGGAGCUGCGGCCUAGACAAGGUGGAGAAGAACUUGCUUCGAAAGCACCUUCAGCCUCGGGACAUUCUCAUCGCUCUGACCUUCAGUAGCAUGGCUCCUGGCGCGCAUGAUGACUCUGGCAGCAAAGACGGCUCAGCACAUCCGCUUUUCCCGCCUCUCCCGUCGUUUCUCUUUCUCGCUAUCUCAGAGUCUCUCUUUCGCUCGACCGAUGUCGUCUUUUUCUUCAGCGGUUUGGAGGUUUUGGAUCUUCCACCUCUCUCUCCUUUCCUUUCCAACCUCUUCAACAACGACCAGCAUUUAAUACGAAGUGCCGCAGCGCCCUUUCCCAGGCUAUUUGGCUGGGCGGUUCCCGCCUCAGCCGAUGGGGAGACUUGGCGAUCCCUCUAG